UGUACGGACACAAACACGCGCUCUUCACGGAAUACAUCUGUAGUUUGUGGAGCAUACAGUGGAUGAAUUGGAAAGAAAUGGCAAUCGGCGUGACACUGAAGUAGAACAUAGUAGAUGGCCAGGGAUUAUUGCAAUUACUACCAAGUCAGCUUGAACUUGUCGCUCGCUUUUGAUUUUGUAUUUGAAUUUUUAAAAACUGUAUUCUAGGCCAACAAUUUAGAAUUUGCACGCUGUUAUGAUUUUUCUGUAACAAAGAUCUUUAUACGUUUUUUAUGUGCACGUGUGUAAAGAGAGAUUGGUUACGCGUUGUCAGCACACCUGAACGCUGGCGUGGAGUGGACGCGUCUUGAUUUACUUUAUGUUCCACAACUGCAAUAGAUGACAACUGACGUGCUGAAGAAGUGGACUUAGCUCCGUCAUAUCCUAGAAAACUGUGCAAGUGUUUUCUACAGGGAUUUAAAGAAGACUUCUAACACUCACGAUGGAUGUUUUCUAGAACCUGUCUCAUCUCAGAGAAGAAUCUAAAAAUACGUUGCUAACUGAAGUCCGUCUGAAUUCCUAAGUGUCAUAUCAAAGUUCAGGUGGCAUGGAAGUAUUUGGCCCAACAUUUGCCAGCUUUCACAUUGGACUGUGCGAUCUAACCGUCUGUAAGGUCUACCGUGCCAGAUGAUGUAAACUCUUUGGGAACUACUUUUGCAAGGAGAUAUCGUAUCAUAUCUUAUGAAGAAACAUGUCAGCGCAUUUCAACAGGAAGCUGUUUUUGUGCCAGACACUCACCUUCAUCAUUCUUCUGCUCUCACCUCUCUGCCUCUGGGCUCAGCAUUCCUCCAGGGUGUCUGUUGGGGGGUCGGUGGGUGCCCCUCGUGGGCGUGUGCGGCGGCAGCCGCACUUCAGGAACGAGUGGUCAGGCUGGAGCGGCUGGUCUGUGUGCUCCCGCAGCUGUGGCGGAGGAGCGUCGGUCCGCACACGCACCUGUAUCACCAGAAACCCUGUUGGAGGCCCAUGUGUGGGAGACUCUCGACAGUACAAGAUCUGUAACACCAAGGAGUGUCCAGUGGGUGAGAUGGACUUCAGGGAGAUGCAGUGUAAAGCCUUUGAUGACCGUCCUGUAACGUCAGGCAGCAGGUACAAAUGGACGACCUUCCAUGGAGGCUCUGACCCAUGUGAAUUGAGCUGUCUGGCGGUUGGUCAUAAUUUUUACUACAAUUUUGGCCGAGUUCUGGACGGCACCCCCUGCCAGACCGAGACUACAGCUGUGUGUGUCAACGGGAAGUGUCUGGAGCCAGGCUGUGACCUGAUCCUGGGCUCCAAGCAGGAGGAGGACGCUUGCAUGGUUUGUGGAGGUCAUAACAGCACCUGUCUCCAUCACCGCAAUAUCUACCAGAACAACGGACAAGAUGGGCCGUUUGGGUACAAUGAGGUCACCAUGAUCCCUGCUGGCGCCACACACAUCAGGGUGACGGACAACAGCAGGAACUAUCUGGCUCUCCAAAAUGGCCGUUCGCAGUUUGUCAUCAACGGCAACUGGAAGAUCAGCACACCAGGAGAGUACAGUGUGGCCGGCACCAAACUUCUCUACCGGCGCUCCGCCGACACUUGGGAAAGUUUCGAAGUGCCAGGGCCGACAAAGGAGGACCUGCACAUUAUGGUCUUGUCCACGGAUAAGAACACUGGGAUUGAGUAUGAGUACUGGCUUCCACCUGACCGGUUCGCACUGUAUCAUGGGAGACGUAGUCCUCUGCGACAGCCCCACCAUGCUGGCUUUCCACCUUGGGUUCCUCCGACUCCCAGCACCACCACGGUCACUACCACCACUACGACCACCACCACCACCACCAUCAGACCUCACUUGGUCACACGGCCAUACUGGGCACCAGUGGGGGGUAGAGAGGUGAACCCUUACCUGCAGCAUCAGCCUUAUCAGCCUCCUCGGCGUCAUCUUCCUCAUCAUCAACCUCAUCACUACGAUCACAAUCACCUGCCUGAGGGACCACGGCGAGCAGGGCAUUGUGGGAGGUGUAGGCGAGUACGGGGUCGAUCCGAGAGGCAGAGGCAGUACUGCGAGAAAGACUUUGUGUUCCGUGCCCAGAUCCUAGAGAAGCGUUACCGUGGCGAGGAGACGCGCUACGACGUCCAGGUGAUCCACACCUACCGCAACCGGUACCGGCUGGAGCACCGCGAGUUCCUGUGGGUGCCCAACGUGUGCGACUGCCCGGCACUGGAGGAGGGCCGCCAGUACGUGCUGAUGGUGCGUCGGCACAUCAACUACGAGCGCACGCUGGACCGCAUCCUGCUGGAGGAGGACAGCUACGUCCAGCCGUACCGCCCGCGCGAGCACAGCCUGCUCAAGCCAUUGGAGGAGCUAUGCUCCAACCGCGGGCCGCUGCCACAGCAGCCGCCAGCACAACGCCACCACCACCGCAGAGGAUAGAGAGAGAGAGACAGAAAGAGAAAGAGAGACAGAUGGAUAUGCUCAAUUUCCUUUUCAACGUUCUCUUGUUUUUGCCGUGUCCAUUAAAAAAAGACUCCUAAGUCAUGGAAGGCAUGGACAAAGGAGAGUGAAUUCAAUCAUGGUCACAAGCUCCCAGCCAGCUAAGGAUAUAUUUUCCCAAAUAUAUGUCCAACCGUUAUCCCAGGUGGAUUUACUUACCCCUGCAUCCUCCCUGGAACAGUAUGAGAAAAAGGAACCAUGGACACAUUGAGUUCAUUUGCUUCUCUCACUAUCUCUGCAUUGUGUUGUUUUGCUUUAUUUAUGUGCCAACAAAAUACUUAGGAAUUAUGUGUAUUUGUAUAUUUCUUUUGAUAUUAUAUUUUUGUGUUUUUGGUUUUAUCAACACGCCAUUGCUAAUGUUAAAAAGGUAUUUUAAGUUAUUUCUGUUCAGUUAUUCCUCCAUAUGUAAUGGCUUAUAUAAUAUUUUGUUAUAUUUACCCAUUUGUAACAGCACAGCACUGCUUUAACUACUCAAUGUUGGAAACCUGUAGCCUAUAUGUUUAUUGGGUUUCUAAGGACACAGGCACAAUCACACAGCUAACCUCCAAGUCCAUGCCUCUAAUCCAGUUCUUAUAGAAACUAUUGCAUCUAUGGCUAGCAAAAAUGCAUAGAAAGAAGUUUGCAUGAAGUGUUGAAACACCACAAACCCAGCAAAAAUCAGUUUUGCUUUUAAUAAUAGACAUAUAUCCAUAUUGGUUUCUGACCCACUAUCAGUGAAUGCUGCAAUCAAUUGUGCUCCAGCUUAGCUAAAUGCCUCAAAAAGUGUUAUAAGUCCACGUGUGUGUGUGUGUGUGUGUGUGUGUGUGUGUGUGUGUGUGUGUGUGUGCACAUGUUUCACAGGGUCCAUAACAGGCAAAGUUAAUAUCAUUGUGUCACCCACUGCUUUUGUACAUUUAGUUCCAUUCCAAUUCCAGUGAAGCUUUACUCAAUUUCAGUACUCAAGUCCCUUAUAUUUCCUGCUCCUGGUUGAUACAGAUAUCAGUAUUUCUUCUGGAAAGCAGUAUCGUCUCUUUUGAUUGUUGGUGACUGAAAGUUGUAUUUUUGUGUAUUUUAAUUGCUAUCCUCCAUUACUGUCCAUGUGUGUUGAUACUAUUAUUAUUGAUGAUGAUUCAUCUCACAUAAUACAGCACUUCUAAAAAAGAAACUGCUUUUUGAAAGUAUAUUUUAGGGGGCUUUUUGCUUUCAUUCAGAUAGGACAGUGAAGGGUGACAGGACAGUGGGGGAGAGAGAGAUGGGUGGGAACGGAAUAUAGCCAUGGGCUGUGAGCACACGUCAUGGACCCAAAUAUGGCACGUACUGUACGCUGCAGCCUCCUGCACCACAGCUCCUGAAGAAACUCUGCUUUCGUACGUCUCUA